AUGGUUCUCUUAAAAAGUCUCGUGUUCGCUGGCCUCGCCACAGUUGCAACAGCUUCAUCUGCCGUUAUCGAUCUCAUUCCUUCGAACUUCGAUCAAUUUGCCUUCGAGGGCAAGCCAGCUUUGAUUGAAUUUUUUGCACCAUGGUGCGGACAUUGUAAGACCCUUGCACCAGUUUACGAGCAGCUUGCUUCGGACUUUGCAUUUGCAAAGGACAAGGUCACAAUUGCGAAAGUCGAUGCGGAUGCAGAGAAGAGCUUGGGCAAGAAAUUCGGCGUUCAAGGUUUCCCAACCAUCAAAUACUUCGAUGGAAAGAGCAAAACCCCAGAGGAUUACAAUGGAGGCAGAGAUAUCGAUAGCUUAACAGAGUUCAUUACAAAGAAGACUGGUGUUAAGCCAAAGAAGGCGAAGGCUGUCCCAAGUGCCGUCGAAAUGUUGAACGAUAAGUCAUUCAAGGAGCAAAUUGGCAGUGACAAGGAUGUCAUUGUUGCUUUCACUGCACCAUGGUGUGGCCACUGCAAAACUUUGGCACCAGUGUGGGAGAAGGUUGCUUCAGAUUUCGCCAAUGAACCCAAUGUCGUUAUUGCCAAGGUCGAUGCCGAAGCAGAAAACUCCAAAGCAACAGCCAAGGACCAAGGCGUUACCUCUUACCCAACCAUUAAGUUCUUCCCCAAGGGAAGCACUGAAGCCGAAGCAUACUCUGGUGGACGUUCAGAGAAGGAUAUUGUCGAAUUCAUGAACAGCAAGGCCGGUACACACCGUGCUGUUGGUGGUGGACUUGAUGCUACUGCUGGUACUAUCGAGGCUUUGGAUGCUCUCGUCACCAAAUUUACUGGUGGUUCAAGCAUUGCUGAGAUCGCCGCAGAAGCUACCAAGGCUGCUCAAGAAUACAAGGAGGGUGCUCAAUCCAAGUACGCCGAGUACUACGUUAAGGUCUUCGACAAGUUGAGCAAGAGUGAUAACUACGCCGCAAAGGAACUUGCUAGAUUGGAUGGUAUCAUCAAGAAGGGAGGUUUGGCACCAGAGAAGUUGGAUGAGUUCACAACCAAAACCAACAUCUUGAGAAGAUUCAUCGAGAAGGCAACCGGAAAGUCUGAAUUGUAGAAAGAUUAAGUUGUUCAAUGUAAAAGGGGGUAAAC